CUCUCCUGUGGCGUCGAGAUCCACUUCCACAUCUUUCGGAACGCAGAGACCCAGCCGUUGGAAAAAGACAGAGCGGAUGACAAAUUCGAAGAUGUCAGCUUUUCAGCCCGUCGUCGACAAGCACCACCGGAAAUCAUGGUUUCAUCUUGAUUACUUCAAACAGUACAUUCCGGAUGAGCUCUUUGACGCAAUGGCAAUGUCAAUGAACACUGGUCAUGUUCUUGAAACUGGUAAGAGCUUGAAUACCACGGCGGAUGAGCUGAAAACAUUUUUUGGAAUGUCAAUCACCAUGUCUUGUCUUGGAUACCCCCAAAUGCGAAGGUACUGGAGUACUAAAACCAGAGUGCCAGUUGUCGCAGACAAAAUGCCCAGAGAUCGGUAUUUUAAGCUACGAUCCCGACUGAAAGUGGUCAAUGAACUUGAUGUAGCUGCAGAAGAAAAAGAAAAAGACAAGCUUUGGCGAAUUAGACCUUUUGUAAAAGCCAUCCUCAAUGGCUGUCUCCAGCUGCCGCGAGAAGAGUGCCUGAGUAUCGAUGAACAAAUGAUUCCAUUCACCGGGCGAACGCACUUGAAACAGUUCGUUCCCCGUAAACCCAACCCUGAAGGCUUGAAAAAUUUUGUGCUUACGACGCCAAGUGGCCUUAUUUUGGACUUUGAAAUAUAUCAAGGAAAGAAGUCUACUUUGUUCCAAGCAAGUUCUGGAAUUGGAGAGUCCGCUGUACUGAGGCUUUCAAACAAUCUCGCACCUGGAACACAGCUCUUUUUCAACAGGUAUUUCAUAUCUGGUCCGUUACUAGAUAAACUGGCAAAGAAGGACAUCUCUGGUACCGGACCAGUGAUGAACAAUCGUAUUCCGAAAGGCGUAAACUUGUCCAGUGAAAGUGAACUUAAACUUAAGGGACGAGGAACAUCGGAGAUGGUGGAGAGAGACGACGAACAACAAGUAGUUGUCCGUUGGUAUGAUAACAAAGCAAUUACAUUAAUGUCAUCUCUUCAUGGCAAACAGCCUGAAGACACGUGUCGCAGGUGGUCCAACAAAGACAAAAAACAUGUCAAUAUAGCGAGGCCAAAUAUUGUGUGCUUAUACAAUAAGAAUAUGGGAGGCGUUGAUAUGGCCGAUCGGAUGAUCAGCUAUUACCGAAUGAAGGCCAGGGUGAGUAAGUGGACCAUCAGGUGCUUUUUCCACCUCAUGGAUAUGGCUCUCAGCAACUCAUGGUUGCAGUACACCAGAGAUAUGCGCGACCAGCAGAAAAGACCGAGAGAGGUCCUCGAGUUUCUGGAUUUCCGCGUCUCUGUGGCAGCCGCUCUAGUAAAUGAAGCGUUUCGGAUUGCAAGCGACAGCGACAGUGGCUCAGGCUCGCAGCUGCCCACAAAGCGAGCUCCACUGCCCCCUCUUCCAGUGAGAAAAACAUUUGGUCACUUCCCACGACUUGCGGACAUUCCGAAUGCUGCUCGCUGCAGAAUGGAAGGUUGCAUCAUGAAAACAGUUUUUUUGCGUAAAGUGCCAACUGUUCUAUUGCAUCACGAAGGAACGGCGAUGCUUUGAAAAUGCCCACUCACCUUAAACUAAGAUUUACGGACUGGAAUUUACACGACCAUUAACAAUUGUAUUCUCGGUUUGGAAGCAGCAAAUUAAAGUAUAUUUCUGUUG